AUGUCUUCAAAACAUGCCAGCCCAGGCAUCGUUUUCCCCCUUCUGCCGGCGAUAGCAGAGCAUUUCGGCGCUGAUGCAACAGCCGUUGGCAGCUUGGCGACCGCCUUCUCUGUAGCUCAGGUGAUCUUCACACCUGUGCUUGGGCGCGCGUCAGAUAAGUAUGGACGGCGGCCUGUGCUUUUGAUUGCAGUCUUCGGAACUAUGGUGUCGACUGCGAUGACUGGCUUUGCCUGGAGUUUUCCAAUGAUAGUUGCUGCCCGCGCCAUAAACGGGGCAAGUGGAGGUACGGUGGGUAUUGCGAAUGCAUAUAUCGCUGAUGCCACGACCGGUGAGGAGAAAUCCGUGUAUAUCUCUUACUUGCAGGCCUGCAAUUCCAUAGGCAUCAUUGUUGGCCCGGCUCUUGGAGGCGUUCUCAGCCACCUUGGUUUUUCAGUGGCUUGCUACGUCUCAGCUGGCCUUUCUGGGCUUAAUCUUGUGAUUGGGGUUUUCUUUCUGACGGAGGCCAAGCCUCGCGGAAAUCAGGCCAGAGAGGCAGCAGCUUCCCUAACUGCUGAGGGUGAUGCAGCCCAGAGCAGUGAAGGUGGGGCAGGAACGCAGGUGGCAGCCGAGGAGAGUGGAGGAGGCGGUGCGCGGCUAACAACACGACAAUCCUCUGCAGAUACUGGCCUUGACUACAUCCCGUGGUCGGCUGGGCUGCUCUUCGGUGCGGGCUUCCUCUUCAUGCUGGGUUUUGCUUCCUUCGAAAGUGUGACAGGAUACUACCUCAUGGACAUUUAUUUCCCUGGAGACCAGGUUGCGAGUGGCCAAUUCUACGGAGCACUGUUCACCGUUGCUGGUGUUACCAUGUUCCUUGUGGCUGUUUUCGUUUACAAGCCAUUGCUGAAGCUCUUCGGGGAGAAUAUUACAAUAGUCCUUGGUGGCAUCUUCCGAACUCUUGGUUUUCUCGGCAUGGCAUUUGCUCCGACUCCAUUCUGGUUCGCAGUCAGUGCGGUCUUCCAAGUUUCGGGCGGCAACCUCAUUUCACCCACCACGUCCUCACUCCUGACAACGAUUUGUUCAAAGAAGAUCUACGGCAGGGCCCUGGGCUACCAGCAGGCAUUUCAGUCGAUUGCGCGAAUAUUUGCGCCCAUGAUAUUUGGAUACCUGUACGACCAUUACGACAAGCGCAUCACCUUUUGGAUCAAUGCGGGCACCAACGUCCUGGCAGUGCCCAUGAUUAUCUGCGUUCCACGGCCAAGCCAAGAGCCAGAUUUUGAGGUCGUGGAUGCAAACGUUUCCUGCAUGGAGCGUCAGACAUCCGUCCCGCCCUCCUUGGACGGGAACGCGCACCACCCUACGUUGCGGCGAGCGCUGUCGGGCAAGUGCGAGCCAGGAGCUGCCACCAACGGUGCCAGCAUGCAGAGAGUCCCUGAGGGCGAGUCCAGAACCGCUCCCUCAGACUUUGCUAGCUCUGACCGGGCACAUCGGACCCUGGCCACCCUGGCCCACUUCCACAACUCAGCACUUGACGCUUUGGCCCGACGGGGCACAGAGAUGCUGCCAGAGUUCCCGGUUCAGGCGGCUCUGGAGAAAGCUCUUUGCGAAGUCGUCCGUCACAAGGUGCACCAAUACCGACCGCGCGAUCUCACCAACACGUUAUCCAACCUGGUGCGGGCCACGGCGACAGCGCAGACCCUGAGCAUGACACUUAUGGACGCCGCUGCUGCAGAAGGCGUCAACAAGAUACAAGGGUACAGUGUGCAGAACCUGGCCAAUUCAGUUCAAGAUCUUGCCACACUGGCUGCAGCAAACAGGCUCAGACACAUUGCCCAGUUUGAGCCCCAAGCGCUGACCAACACUGCAGGGGCCCAUGACUGCGAUGUCUUUGAAGAUGGUGGUUCAGACAAUCCCAGCGCAAAUCGAACAGAGCCUAAUCCUUUUCUACGGCGCAAGAAGGUGCUGCUGGAUGCUGUUGGCCAUGAGGCUUUGCAGAAGGCCUUGCAUAGGACAGGUGGCUUGUGGCCUUUUCUGCAGAGCCAAUCUUUGCUCAUUGGGUAUGCCGCUGGGCAGCCUGCAGUUUUGUUUGAGAGGAAUGUGUUCGCUGCGAAGGACACUGGCGAUGCGGCUGAUCAGGAGCUGCGAGUUUUCAUGCCGGUGGCAGAAGAUACAAUUGCACGGCAUGUUGAGCUGGAUGUGAAGGAGAACUACCUUCGCGUCUGUUUGCGAGGAGAGCCACUGAUAGAAGGUGAGCUGUGGGGCCUUGCAGAUGUAGAUGAUACGUAUUUUGAAUUAGAAAAUCGAGAGCAAGGCCGAUUCCUGGUAUUGUAUCUGGCAAAAGCCAGCGUUGAGACGUGGGAGGAAAUCCUUCGCCCAUGUUACACCUGGGAGCCUGCUGGUCGACACAACGAGGAGAUACGCAUUUACAUACCUUUGAGGGAUGAGUUAAGGCCAUCAGACAUUGAUUUUCAGCUUGCGAACGGCCGCCUUCGCUUGGGAUGCAAAGGACAAGAACCACUGCUAGAUGGGGAGCUCUGGGGUGCAGUCGAACUCGAAGAUUGUGACUGGAUGAUCGAUGUUCAUAAUGGCCAGCGCUCCAUCGUCGUCUCCUUAGGCAAGCUACAUGUGCGCGAGCACUGGGAGAGACUCUGGAAGAGCGAGGAGGGCAAGACAGGCUGGCCAACCUUCAAGCCAGGCUCGCGGAAAGAUGUUGACAUGGCAGUCCUUGGUUCCCUGGAUUACGUACACACUCUCCUGAACCAGCGCGAUGUGGACUAUGCCAGAGACUACUUGAAUCAUGUCCUCCCACCUGAGGAGGAGGACAGGUUGUUCGAAGCCCUCGCAAAAGAAGCCUUGAAAAAGUCUGGGCCUGAGACGGACAUGGUCAUGCCGCAGCUGUUUGGGCUUGAUGCCUGCACCUUAGGAAGUUGUGCGGCUGCAGAAUGGUUUUCAAAGAGGAUUCGCGAUGCUGUGGGCACGUACCAGCAUGGCUGCAUUGUCAACCAGCGGUACGGCUUCCGCACGUUCUGUGCUGUGGAGCUCCUUGACACGCUUUUCCUGCUUCCUUGCACCUUCCAGUUGAUAUGUCUCACCGUUAACUACGACGAUCGCGUGCAGUCUCGGCUGCAGGAGGCCAAGCACGAGAAAGAGCGGCUGUCGGAUUCCUAUCAUAGAUGCAUCCAGGAGAUGGAUGAACAGCUGCGAGCUGUCUCUGAAUCAAACAUCCUGCUUGCAGAGCAAAACUUUGCAGACAGGAAGAAAGACUUUGCGGCCUUUCUCAGCCAGUUGGUCAGCUGGUGCUCACGUGUGCCAGAACAUGACCAGGACCAGUUGGUGCAAGAGCUGCGCAUCUUCGUUGACCUUUGGCUUCGGGUCUAUGGCGAAGUGUCUAUCAACCCUGCACGGAGGCCUCUCCAGUUAGACCGGUCGGCGCUGGACCGGUGCAAGACAGCAGAGGAGCUGCUGAGAGCGGCGCGUAGCAUGACCCUGUCAGCCAGCACUGCGGUGGGCACUUCCUAUGAGUCCCAUUUGCAAACCUUGCAUCAGCUGAAAGACUCGGUUCCACCUCCGACGACGCGGAGAGAACAGAUUAGGCGGAGCUUGCGGGAGCCAUCGCGUUCUGCGCGGCCUUCGUCAUGGUGUCAAUGCCUUCCUGGGAGCUGUUACUUUCAGUUCUCUGCUUCUGAGGAUGAAGACCACUUGUGUGACUUCUCCUGCUGCCUUUGCCGACUGGUGCUGCUAAGUGCAGACCAUGCUUUGUUGUUGCUGGCUUUGCUUGCUGGUGUGAUACUGAUCGCUAUCACAGCGCUUUUUCCAGUUCUGAGCACCGAUAGGACUUGGCGAAAAGCUGGUGUAGACUUUCUCCUGGACGCUGCUCCUCUAGUGAUCUACGUUGUAUGUUUGGCCGUGCUUCUUGCUCGCAUCGAGCGAAUCAGUGCUCUCAUCGCCAUGCGCCGUGAAGUGCACCAAGCACAAGAGAUGCAGACCUUCAUCGGGGCUGUCAAGGACGACCUGCUUUCCUACUGGGCUGCUGUCAGUGACAUCACGGAUCUCUGGUGCAACCGCACGUUGCCACGCCUGGAGCUGCUGAAGGAGCUGCACUGCCAACUCAUCGCAUCCUCUCCCGAGCUGCUGGUGAAAAGUCUUUGCGAUCUUAACAGCCGCCUGUGCAGACUGGAGGAGGCUGUCGGUGAUGUGAAGGAAUGGUGGGUUGCGCAGCACGAAGGGCGAGCACCGCAACUGCAACCCCGCGUCAGCUUACUUCUUCGCUCGCGGACUUUGGAUGGACUGGAGGACGGUGCAGAAGGCAGCUUCUCGCAACGUCUGGACUCGAUGAUCGUGGAGAUUAACAGCGAGGUUGGGCGUCCCGGAUCAAGCCAGCUGCCCCUUCAGAUGGCAGACUUCCUCCGAGAAAGCCCUGGACAAAGCUUCCAGGCGAGAUCGCAGGGCUCCUUCGACAUCGAGACUGGUGCCAAGAGACCCUCGCUUCUAUCCUUCAUAGGAGAGCCAGCCGGCCCACAGCGCUCGGAAGGUGACUUACGAAACCUCGACUCCUUCUGCGCCAGUGCCAGUGAUGGGCGUCAGACUGGCUCCAGCUGA